AUGGAGCAGCCUUUUGCAUGUUGCAUACGGCAGGCCUGGGAUUCUUCAGAUGAGCCACCUAUGCCGCAGGCACCUCCAGCCUUGAACUCAGAAGACUCUGGGCCACAGCCACUCCCUCUCUAUCCUAAACUGGGCCAGCUCUCUUGGGACAGCCAAGACUCAGAUUGUAAACUGUUCACUGGCCCCUGUGGGCUUCUUUGGUGGAACUGCCCACAGCACAAACCCAGAGCCCAAAGCGCAGAGAGUGAAGAUACCAGACCAGCGCAGGGAAGCCCAAGUCACCCCAAGAAGAGCUGGAUGCCGCAAGAGAUCACCACGAACCACCUCUGA